AUGCCAGCAUUGUCGUCCAUCGUUAUUGACGCCUCUCCUCAAGACGUCUGGAAUGUCCUCGUUGACUUCCCCAGGUGGCCAGAGUGGAACACUUGGUUCCUAUCUAUUCGUGCCCAUUCAACCCCUGUUGAACUAGGCACUCUGGUCACAUUCACAAACGCCAUGUCUGAGACCGCUAAGCCCGGAACCUAUACAGCGCGCAUCACCACUUGGCAACCCGACAAGACAGAGUUCGCCUGGAAGGGUGGCCCAUUGCCAGAGUGGCUGGCGUGGACUCUGAGGGGCUAUCAUUGGUUUAGGCUCGUGCCACAGGACGGUGGGAAGAAGACGCUGUUCGAUCAUGGCGAAGACGUCGAAGGAUUGCUGAGCGUGUUGGUUCCCGGCAGUAUGGUGAAAGACCUGGUCAAGCAGCUGGACAAGUUCAAUGGCGAGUUGAAGCAACGGGUUGAAAAAGGUCCACAAGCCAGCACGACGUGA